AUGCGAUUUGCUGGCUGCUCGAGGAGGUUUUUCUCCGGCUCGGCAAGAAAGCAUCUCCAUCUUCUCAACACAUCCGCGCGGCCGAGAAUGUCUCUCCGGCAAAGCUUGAACUUUUUCGAUUCUCCCGAGCUGAAGAUGUUUCUCCAGUUUUUGAAAAGCCCUAGCCACUUGAUCUUUGUGGCUUCCAACGUGGCCAUCUUGGCGCAUUUGCAGUUCUACAGCACUGUGCGCAAAAAGCAGCGCAUCGAAGAGUUCCUUUUGCAGAUGGAGGAGCUUGAAAAUUACAUUGACUUGAUCAACGACCUAGACGCCGAAAACGAAGAGAUACAGCGCCAAAUCGCCUCUUUGAAGCGUCUUCAAAACCGGGAGCUGCUGCCGGCGCCUUUCUCUGAGAAUAGCAGGCAGACGAAUAGCGAACCUAGCAUUCUUGCCCAAAAGAACGAUGUGUCUUUAGCGACACAAAUCCAGCAUUCUCGGCAGUUUUUAAAGCAACGGCAGGUUUAUGUAUCUACAUUUUCCCAGCCCGAGAACAUAGCACGGCUAUUUCCCCAGUCGGAUAGUCGUGUCGAGGAACACGAAGAGCAUCCUGGUAAGCUCGCCUACUCCUCUAGCAUUCAAAGCUCACUUAUGGCCUUGUCGAACCAGUUGGUCAAGUCUUUCUUGGUGGAGCUCAAUUUGCGCCACAGCUUCCACGACUUUGAGUUGGAGCAAGCGCUCUCAGACGAUUCUUUUUUACUACAUCACGACUUGUUUGCAUUAAUGAAGAACGACGAGGAAAAGAAGGAGCUUAUAGCAAAGCUUUUGGCUCUCAGGUCCGAGAGUCAAGGACUGGCAAGAAAUUUCUUGGAAAAAUUGAGUCCUGAUGCGGUUGCGGAGAUGCUGGACAACUUCAAGCAUUCGGAUGCAUUCAAGAGCAAAGAGCUGAGAAGGUACGAUUUUUACCACUACAAAUCGGGCCAUUACCUCAAUUAUGAAAACUCCGACACCGUGAGUUCCAUUCAAGCGUUUCUGCUGCCCCAGUUUCUUACCAAUACUGUAAGCAGCAGUGAAUAUAUUCGUCGCUUUGAACAAAUUUUUGCAUCAUACGAAACUUCCAAUGCGCCUUUCAAGCACAUGGCGCUUGCCCUUGAGUUGGCGCAGGCCCUUUCCUCUGGAGGCCUGUCAAUACCCACCUACUCGGUUUUCCGCUAUCUUUUGGACCACUUGGGGAACGCCGGCUUGUACAACUACCAGUCAUUGGUGUACGACAUUCUUCCUUCGUUUGACAUGCGCCAAACUGCAUUGGCAGACUCACUGAAGUCUCUGGAAUUUGCCUCCAGAAACGCAUCGCAUUUUGCCCAUCUAAUCGAGGAAGACCCAGACUUUUUGGGCAGCUUGAUUGCCUACCAAGUUCCACGGAAAGAUGUGGCUGCCUUCAGACAGCUCCUCAAGUACCUCCAAGUCAUGCCAACGCAAAAUAAGCUUCAUGCGUCUCUCAUACCAGCAUUCAUGAAAAGUCAUGCGGAGGAGCAGGAUUUGCGCUCGCUGGAGGAGAUUCUUUUGCCUCAGGACAAGACCCCCCGCUACAUUAGCCUCGCUACUAUGGCCAGUGCAUUCAAAGCGUGUGUGGAGCUCAAACAAUACUCCCUAUUAGACACUUUGAUCAACAAAUUGGUGUACAAUCUGAUUGAAACACCAGAGGGCACGAAAAUACUUCUUAGCGAAUCGGGCCGUUCCCAUACGGCAGAGUUCGAGUGCCAGGAUAUUUUCUCUGAGCCCAUUCUUCUCCUGUUGGGCCGGGCCUAUAUGGAAACAAAAGAUGCAGCACGAGCGAAAUGGCUUCUUCCGCAUCUCAACCAUUUUACGAGUCGCAAGCUGAGCGCCCCGCUUCUAGAGAUGGAACGCAACCUUGUGGAGAUGUCUGCUGAUCAUAGAAGAGCGAAGACAGUUUUCGAAAAGCGAGUGGGAAAAAAGCCUGAGCCCGUGAGAAGACCAGAACGAAGACUCAAUCCAGAAAACAUGCGCACCAGCGCUACAAAGUACGAGACAGAGGCACACGCCCGCCCGUCUGUUUCUGUCAUGGCAUAG